AAACUUCCAAGCUUCGUGAAAAAACGCCACCGAUGCUUCUUGUGUUCAGUUAAAACAAAAGGAAGAAAAUCAGCGCAACGUAUUAGACCCUUUUAGUUUAAGCGGGAGAAAAAUAAACACGCGGUGCGCGUUCAAGUGACCAAAAAACUAGUAAAACGACACCGUCUCUUACGUCCAAAUCCAAAAAACAUAAUCAUCAUCGUCAUAAUUUCAGUUUUCAGUUUCACACACUAUCCAUUUCAAUUUUUCUCUAUUCAAUUUCACAGACAAAACAAGACCAAAUCCGCACAAAAAUAAAUUAUCAGAAUUUAACCUAAUUUUUUCUCUCUAAACAGUGAGAAGAAUUCAAACAUGGCGACGACGGAUCCAACGCCGUUAAUUGGAAAUUCAUCGGACGAAUCAAACUCUGGACGGAGAGUUCUCCGUGCGCCGAGUCUCCGGCAAGCGGCGCGGUUUCUACGGCAAGCGAGUGGACGGAGGUUGAUGCGUGAGCCGUCGAUGAUGGUGAGAGAAACCGCGGCUGAGCAAUUGGAAGAACGGCAAAGUGAUUGGGCUUAUUCGAAGCCGGUGGUGAUUCUUGAUAUUCUGUGGAAUUUCGUGUUUAUUAUUGCGGCGGUUACUGUGUUGAUUUUGAGUCGGAAUGAAUCGCCGAGUUCACCGCUUAGGUUGUGGAUUUUAGGUUAUGCGUUGCAGUGUGUUCUUCAUGUUGUGUGUGUUUGUUUUGAGUAUCGGAGACGGGUGCGGAUGCGGGGAGAGGUGAAUGGCAAUGGUGGUAAUGUGGUUGGAGGUGGUGGUAGUGGGGAUUUGAGCUUUGAUUCGAUGGAUAGUUCUGGACAGUAUGUGAAUUUGGCACAGUAUGGGGAUGAUGGUUCUACAAGUAUGGCAAAGCAUUUGGAAUCAGCCAACACAAUGUUUUCUUUUAUUUGGUGGGUCAUUGGAUUCUAUUGGGUAUCAGCUGAUGGUCAAGAUUUGAUUCAUGAUUCUCCUAACCUUUACUGGUUAUGUAUUGUCUUCUUGGGUUUUGAUGUUUUCUUUGUCGUUUUCUGUAUUGCGCUGGCAUGCAUCAUUGGUAUUGCUGUUUGCUGUUGCCUUCCAUGUAUCAUUGCGCUUCUGUAUGCAGUUGCAGACCAGGAAGGGGCAACAAAAGAAGACAUUGAGCAGUUGUCAAAAUUCAAAUUCCAAAGAAAAAGCAACGAGAAGCUUGCUGAUAAUACACAAGGACCUGUUGGAGGAAUAAUGAUUGAAUGUCAAGCUGAUUCCCCAAUUGAACACGUGCUUGCCGAUGAGGAUGCGGAGUGUUGCAUCUGCCUUUCUGCCUAUGAUGACGGGGCUGAACUAAGACAACUUCCUUGUGGUCACCAUUUUCACUGUACCUGUGUGGACAAAUGGCUGCACAUCAAUGCUACUUGCCCCCUCUGCAAGUAUAACAUCUUGAAAAGUAGCAGCCAUGGUCAAGAGGAAGUGUAGAGAAUGCCAGAGAAGUUUCUAGCAGCCCUGCUGGGGAAUUUGCAUGCUCUUGGUUGACAGUAUAAUAGGCCCAGCGUGUUAAUAUAUACUUCAGUACAGGUCUCUUGGUUGUUGUUGCUGCAGCUGUGUGUUUAUCUCAUAGUGAUAGUUAUACUAUUCUUUGUUAUGGUGGCUUUUAAGUGGUUGUGUAUAUCUGGUCAUUGUACACCGGCAAUAGUUUUCUUGGGGCAGUUAAUAUUUUUAUCGCCUUCACCAUUAUUGUUCUUGAGAGGUAUACUUUGUAUUGUAUCUCAGUAUACGGCUCGAGCAUGGUCAAUCCAACCUGCCUCGUUUCCUGUUGUAGCCUCUUGUAUUAAAAUCAAGGAUAUCUUUGUUACUGGUUUGGCUACUAGUUUUUUAAGGUUGCCAUUAAAAUCAAAAUAAUCAGUGUUAGAAGCUGAAUCCAUGGAAGAACUGGAUAUUUGUGGGCUUGAAAGUUGACAAAUAACAGCUAAGGUUUUGCUUAAUCACAUGACAGUUCAGAAUUUCAAAUUUUGAUUUUGCUUAUGUCAGAUGUUGACACAUGACUGGAGUUCUGCAUGUUCCAAAUGGAAUCCUAUUAAGGUUUCAAUGUCUCAUGUAUGUAGAUUUUGGGCAAGAUCCAAAGGUUUAUGCUUUCAUAUUCUAAAUUUUUUUUGAAUGUUACAUGGGACACCAAUAAGUGAUUGUGCGCCGAGCCGUUGAAUUUCUCAGUUGUCUAAAAAUAGUUCUCAUUGAAGUUUA